AUGCCCAACUUUUUCUUUCAGGGUGCGCGUGACAUCUUCAGCAAUGUGCGAGAUGAUGCCGCCGUUCACCUGAAUCAGCUUCGUGAGACCGGCCGGUUUGCCGAGAUCUACACAGGUAUACAGCGGUCCCAGGAGAUGGCGAUGCUGCGCAGCCUUGAUGCCAUCCGCGAGCAGUUCCCGCAGGGGGCCACCAGAGAGAUUCUCUUCGGCGUCUUGCGCCGUGCCGCAAUGUCGAGUUCUCAGCUAAGCAGCGCACUCUACGACUUCGCCUUGCGACUGCAGGUUGGCAAAGUCAACAUCCUCAGCGAGCUCUGGGCCCUGGACGAAGGUCGAUGUAUAGUCAGCGCCAGGCGUCCCGGAGAGGGUGGUCGCCGGCCAUGGGUCAAUGCUGAUGCAGACAUCCUUCUGGACGAGCAGGUGGCUGCACUGCGCACGACCUUGGCCGAGUGCGCCAAGCGUCCUCUAUUUGCGCAUGUCGCCCCAGAGAUCUUGGCGCGGCCAACUUUUCUUGCUUUGGUGCGCGUGUUUGAUGUUUUCCAGCCAUCUGAGGGCGAGUCAAGCACAUGCGGUCCCUACAGCCCAACAGAGUUUGCUGCGAUUGAUGACUUUCUGGAGCAAGUGACGCGGACAUCAGUUAUGCGUCGUGCAUUCCGGCACAUCACGAAAACACUGCCUGUGUUGCUGACGCGGCCGUGGAAGGAAGUCUUGUUCAAGCUAUGGUUUCAACGAAGGGAUGGCAAGCCUUGCGUAUUCGAGCAUGUUUUCCUUGGUAAUUUGACCGAGGACAUCUCUGGUCAACCUGUAGCGGGUGGCUUCCACUGUUGGCUUAAGUUCUACCUUGAAGAGGUCAGGGGCACAGCACGAUACCUGGGAUAUAUCUACAACAAUGCUGAAGCGGGUCUGAUGAAUAGUCGGUUCGUUUCUGGGAAGUUUGUGUGGGAUUAUUCUGGCUACAAGCUCGUCAAAGACCAGGGUGGGUUCUUCAUCGGCACCUCUCCGGAAUGGCAGCUCGCAACUGGUACAGCAGCAUACUUCGAGACUUCAACGCCGAACUUUGCGCGGCAGAAUGGCUGGGUUCCUUGGACCAAUGCUUAUGCCUACAACGAGGGAUACACGAAAGAGACGACGCAUGACGGCGAGCGCUACCGUCACGUUCUCUGUCGUGCGGGUAGCUCGGGCUCAGCCACAGAUGACUUGGUAGAGGACAGUGGCUUUCUCAUCACUUCCUAUUCAAUCUAUCUGGGACCUGCCUUUCUCGACGAUUCUUCUGGCCCAGACCACAUCUGCACGAGUGUGGAGUUGGCAGAAUCACUGCCACGCUGGCUGGUGGAGGAUGGAAUCGUUGUCCACCCGGAGGAUGCCUUCAGUCAGGAGUGUGUCCGCUUCUGCCUGGCUCGGGGCUGCCGAUCCGUCCGGGAGUCUUUGUCCAUGCUGCGUGAGGCCUUGGUCUUCGACCUGGAAGACGCCAUCGCGGCGGCAAAGACCCCGGGUUAUCCCAGGAUCACUGAGCUGGUGGAGGACACCCUUGAGGUCGUGCCCACCUUGCUGGCUUACGCCGAGGAGCCGGGUCCUAUGAGUGAGAAGCUCCCCGCACUCCUAGCAGAGCUGCGCGGGCAGGGCCGCAGAGGACCCCGCCUCCACCGCCCGCUGCGCCUGCUGCUGACCGGAAGAGCCGAGGGCGCCCCAAUCGCCGAGCUCCUGCAGCUGCUCGAGCUGGCGCAGAAAGAAGGCAUCGAGGAGGCCCGACAACUGCAGGCGGAAGCAGAGCGCACAGCCAAGCUGGCGCAGCGGGACGCGCGGGAGGCCCGGCAAGAACGAGACAAGGCCAUCCAGCAGCGGAAGGAAGCCGAGGAAGCGAAGCGCGUAGCCGAGGAAGAGCGCGAUACAGCGCGAAAAGCUCAAGAAGAUGCAGAAGCUUCCGAAGCUUACGCCAAGCAACAAGCAGAUGUCUUCCAACAGGCGAGGAUAAAAGCAGAGAUGAGGCAAAGGAAGGCCGAAGAGCAGGUCAGGAAAAAGCAGAGGAAAGUUCAGAGUUUGCAACGUAUGCUCGCAGAAAUUGGAGCUGAGAGCGACAGCGAUGCACCUCCCGAUGAAAGAGCACCUGCCUUUUUCGUGAAUGAGGAUGGAACGAAGGUGCCACGACCGAGGACAAGAAAAGAGCGGAUGGGCAUGGCCUUCCGGGAGGCCGAAUCUGCUCGCUACGAGCUGCGGCUGGGCAUGGCUGGGGUCCCUGUUCUGCUAUGCCGCUAUGUCUUGCUCCUGUCAAGGUUUGGCUUUUGGGGCUGCUUUCGGGUUUAUUGCAUCCGUUCUCUGCUUGACGUUGCUAGCUCAUCAUCCCAUGGCCCUGAUCUUGCUUAG